CACUAUAGAAACUCUAGUUAUUCUGCUAAAAGCAGAGCUAACGAUCUUUCCUGUUGUGGUCCUUUCAUGUUACAUUUUCUUCUUAAUCUUGAAAUCAAGGUCAUCACCAAUAUACCUGGUGGACUAUUCAUGUCUAAAGCCACCAAGUUUCUGUCAAGUUCCUCACGCGACCUUCAUCAAACACACUCAAUAUUUCUUGGAUCAAGAGAGUGUAACUUUCAUGGCUAAAGUCUUGAAUUAAUCAGGGCAAAGUGAAGAAACAUAUUUACCCCCAUCACUUCAUUACAUUCCACCAAAAUCAGAAUAUCACGAAGUCAUGAGUGAAGUCCAUAUGGUGUUGUUCCCUGUAUUUGAAGACCUUUUGGUUAAAACCAAUCGCACCCCACCUGAUAUCGAUGUUCUAAUCGUCAAUUGUAGCAGAUUUUGCCCUGUUCCAUCACUUUCUUCAAUUUUUGUGAACAAAUAUGGCAUGCGACAAGGCAUUAAAAAUUACACAAUCAGUGGCAUGGGUUGCAGUGCCAGCGCGUUAGCUAUUGACAUGGCUAAAAACAUAUUGAAGUCUCACAAGAAUUCAGUUGCCGUUGUACUUAGCACAGAGAUUUUACCCACAGGUUGGUAUCCUGGUAAAGAACCAUCUAUGUUGGUUAUUAAUUGUCUGUUUCGAAUGGGUGCCACUGGCAUUUUAAUUUCCAACAAAAAAGAAGCAAAAAACACUGCGAAAUACGAGCUUCUUAAUACUCUAAGAACUCAGAGAGCCUUUAACGAUAAGGGUUAUUUUUCUGCUUAUCUUGAAGAAGAUUCAGAUGGAUUUACUGGCGUUAAACUAAAGAGGAACUUAUUGGAAGAGGCAGGAGAAACACUUAGGUCUAACAUAGCAGUUCUUGGUUCACAAAUUCUGCCUUUUACUGAGAAAAUUUUGUACGGGGUUUCAAUUUUGAAAAAGAAGUUGGCAGACAAAAAAUCAACUACAGAGAUGUAUGUGCCUAAUUUUAAGUCAGUGAUACAGCAUUUUUGCUUGCCAACAUCAGGGAAGCCAGUGAUAAAGGAGGUAGGAAAAGAGUUGAAUCUUGGAGAGAGUGAUAUGGAACCUGCUUUGAUGACAUUACACAGAUUUGGGAACCAAUCUUCUUCUUCCUUGUGGUAUGAAUUGGCAUAUUUGGAGCCCAAAGAAAGGGUGAAAAAAGGUGACAAAGUUUGGCAGCUUGGGAUGGGAAGUGGUCCUAAGUGCAUUAGUCUAGUUUGGGAAUGUAUUAGGCCCCUUUCUGGGGAAGCCCAAAGAGGUCCGUGGACUGAGACUAUUGAUAGAUAUCCCUUGAAUAUGUGAAUCAUUUAGGGGAGAAUCAUAUAUCUAUCUAUCUUUCUCUAUAUAUAUACAUACAUACAUGUGAAAUUAGCCCCUGCUGAGCACAGGCAGUACCCAAGCAUAAUAUGAAAAUU